UUGGGUAUAAUAAUAAUGUGGAAGGAAUUAGAGUUGAUCUUAAUUUACUUAUUCGAUUGAAAUUUGAAAGCAACGGUCAUUUAGAAGAAGAGGCGUUCUCAUGAAACGCACUUUGUGCAAACUUUUAAAUAUCAGAAAGUGACAUCCAAGGUAGCAAGAGGGUUCAUCUUCAAGGACUGGUUUGAUAAAAUUCUUAUUUUUUCGGGUGUUUCCUUCUGCAUUAGAUUAGAUGAGUAUGGGGCCCAAUUAUACCACUGUUUUUAUGAAUCAACUCUCAAGUGCUAGUUUUACCAGGGCAUAAAUUGCGAUCUUAGGUUGAUGCAAAUUCUCUCUCUAUUUUUUGUAGAAAUUUUAACAUUUAUGGCGGAUAUAUAUGGAAAGCCUUGUAGCAAAAAUGUUAGAUUGAAAGUUCAAUAAACCUUUGUUUCUAUCCAAACCAAGUUAAUUGCAUUGGCUUAUCUUUUUCAUAAUAAUUCUUUGUUGAAUGUGAAUGGCAAAAUCACUAUUGCUUCGGUUUGUUAUUUCUCGUUUUUGUUUUUCAUCCAAUUUAAUUGUCUCCAGAUGACCCAUAUGGCGGCGGAAGGUACCAAAGCUGGCAAAACAAUGGGGCCCCACCGGCCGAUCACAUCGUCAAAAUUCCCCCAAAUCCAUCCCCUCCGCCUCCUCCUCCACCUAUGUUUAACAGUGGGGGCUCCGGAUCAAACUAUUCCGGCGGUGAGCCGCUCCCCCCGCCAUCCCCUGGUGUGGGCUUGGGCUUCUCGAAGAGCACUUUUACCUAUGAGGAAUUGCUGAUGGCUACUAAUGGCUUUUCUGAUGCUAACCUCCUUGGUCAAGGCGGUUUUGGAUACGUGCACAAAGGAAUACUACCGAAUGGUAAAGAGAUCGCAGUUAAACAAUUGAAGAUUGGAAGUGGACAGGGCGAACGCGAAUUCCAAGCAGAGGUUGAAAUUAUCAGCCGUGUCCACCAUAAACAUUUGGUUUCAUUGGUCGGAUAUUGCAUGUCCGGGGGCCAGAGGCUUCUUGUUUAUGAGUUCGUUCCGAACAACACAUUAGAGUUCCACCUGCAUGGGAAAGGUCGACCAACCAUGGAAUGGCCCGUUAGAUUAAAGAUUGCUUUGGGCGCUGCAAAGGGGCUGGCAUAUCUUCAUGAGGAUUGCCAUCCUAAAAUUAUUCAUCGUGAUAUAAAGACAGCUAAUAUUCUUCUGGAUUAUAAAUUUGAGGCUAAGGUAGCAGACUUUGGACUCGCAAAGUUUACUUCUGAUAACAACACACAUGUUUCCACCAGAGUAAUGGGUACUUUUGGGUAUCUGGCACCAGAAUAUGCAUCUUCUGGCAAGCUCACAGAUAGAUCUGAUGUCUUCUCUUUCGGAGUUAUGCUUCUUGAGCUAAUCACUGGACGACGACCGGUUGAUUCAAGCCAAUCAUUUAUGGAUGAUAGCUUGGUUGACUGGGCAAGACCUUUACUUACUCGAGCACUCGAAGAUGGCAACUAUGAUGCCCUUCUUGAUCAACGGUUGGGGAAGAACUUUAAUGCUAAUGAGAUGGCACGCAUGGUUGCCUGUGCUGCUGCUUGUGUGCGCCACUCUGCCAAGCGUCGGCCACGGAUGAGCCAGAUUGUCCGGGCUCUAGAAGGAGAUGCAUCUCUCGAGGAUCUCAACGAAGGAGUCAGACCAGGCCACAGCCGAUUCUUCGGUUCAUACAGCGGUUCGGAGUACGACUCUGGGCAGUACAACGAGGAUAUGAAGAAGUUCCGGAAAAUGGCGCUGACAAGUCAAGAGUACACGAGCAGCCAAUUCAGUGUGCCGACCAGCGAUUACGGUCAGAAUCCGUCAGGGUCGAGCAACGAGAGCCAAGAAACACGGGAGAUGGAGAAGGCGAAAGUGAGAAAGGAUAGUUAUAAAUUCAGUGGGGGCUACUGAUUUACUCCGGCGGUUUUUAUCAAUUGUAAAUUUAGUCUUUGCAUCGGAAAGGAUUGACUUGAAAGUAUACAGUUUUUUGUUUGAUGUUUUUUUUUUUUAUUUAAAUGUGUAUGUGCCUUCGAUUUGCGAUUUGCGAUAUAACCAACAGCAGACUAAUUCUUUCUAUUUGUUAAUCAAUAAUUUGUCAAUGACAGUGUUAGUUUUGUAUGUGUUAGAGCUUCUUCAAGAAACAGAAUUUCUCUUGUUGGAA